AUGAUAAAAAAAUUAUUAUUUAAUAGAAAGUCGAUUUCUUUAUUAACAAAUCAAUAUUUAAAAAACACAAAUUACUAUUGUUUCAAUAAUAACAAUUUUAAUAGAAAAAACCAGUUAUAUAAGACUCAGUUUUGUGAAAAUAGAUUUUUUACAACAAAUAAUAUUAAUAACAACAAUAAAAACAGUGAAAACAAUGAUAAUAUCAAUAAAGCAAAGAGCAAUAGUUUAGAUAGCGAAUAUCAUAUCAAUAGUAAAGAUUUAACCGAGGCCAAUCUUAUUAAUAAUAUCAAAGAGAUUAAUCAAGUUGCAGUUUUAUCUAAAGAUGGUAUACCAAAGCAUUUUGAAGAGUAUAAAGAUUUACUUUAUAAAUGCGACCCAAAUGAAUUGGAUUUCACUCAACGUUUAUUAGCAUCUAGUUUUCUAUGGCAAUAUUUGGGUAAAUGUAAUUUAACUCCAAAGACUUUAAAUAAAGAUGAUUUAGAAAAAAUUUGGAACUUUUUGGAUAUGGACACAAGCAAUUUUGAUAAAGAAAGAAAAGAACAUAUCGAACUUCAACAACUUAUAAUUUGUUUCCAUAGUAGAUCUUUAAUUCCAAAAAUCAGUAAUCUAAUGAAAGAUAUUAGCAAAAGAGAAACCAUAUCCGAAAGAAUGGCUUUACAAUGUUUUUUAUUAGCCCCACAUCUCUCAUUAUGGGAUGAUAUGAUCAAAUAUGCACAAAAAGUAAAUGAUAAAAGCUUGGCACUAUUGAAUGUUUACCCAUAUUCUCCAAAAGAUGAUUUUUCAUACCCAGCAAUAUUAGAAAUACUCAAAAAACAAAUAGAAACUGGCAGAGAAUCAAAGAAAGUCAAUUCAACUGACCCAUUUAUUGAUUAUACAGAAUAUAGCGUUCAUUCUUUCGGCUUUAAAAAUCCAAAUUUAAUUUCUUCAGCAAUUGAAGAUGAAAACAAAUUUCAACAAUUCAAAGAGGAAUAUAUAAAGGAAAUGGACUUUUUAAAAACAAAAAUUUCAGAUAAAGAUGGUUAUAUUUUAUCAAGUUUAGGCGAAACUAAAUAUUUAACAAUGUUGGGUGGUGCUGUAAAACUAUACAUGGAUAUAACUAAUGCUCCUCAAUUAGUUUGCAGUGGUAUAUUCAAUAAAGAAAGGGACGAAAUUUACUUGUAUGGUAAUAUAUUUUUCGAAAAUGAAAAUAAUGAUUUAGCAGAAGUCCAAAGCGAAUAUAAUUUACAAAUUACAAGACCCAACGAUAAUGAUGAUGUAUUAACAUUACUUGGUACACAUACCCAAACCCAAAGAAUCAUCAAUACCAAAGAAGCUUUAAUAUAUACUAUGGAUGUAAAAAUUAAUUUAAUCAAAGAUAAAUAA